AUGUCCAUGGCAAACGGCCAUAGUGGAUCCCUGGUUGGAGCGGAGAUCCUGCACAGAACCAUGGCGGAGGUUUCCAAGAAGCUGGGCUUAAUGGAGAGCGUUCGCCACGUUUGUCAAGCCGUCCAGAUCCCCCUGCCCGGAGUGGUCGUCGUGGGCGAGCAAAGUGCUGGGAAGUCUUCACUGUUGGAAAACAUAUCCGGAAUUCAGUUUCCGCGUGCCCAGAACACGUGCACACGCAUGCCAUGUGUCUUGACGAUGCUAACAGACCCAACCGUCAACGAGUCCUUUGCCCUUGUUUCGAUGGAUUCGAGCUUUACCGAUGCGAAGAGAUGUGCGGUGGCGGACGUGGAGGGGCGGAUCAAGCAGCUGACGGAUCAGCACACCACGGGUGCGGCGUUCAUCUCCAGAGAGGCUCUCUACAUUCGAGUCGUUCGGCGAGAUGGUCCGCAGCUGUCCUUGAUCGACCUCCCAGGGGUAACGCACAACGCAGAGAAGAUGUCCAACAUUCACGAGGUCACCGUGAGCCUCGUGAAGGAGUACAUCGAGCCGGAGGAGAUGGUGAUUUUGUGCGUGAUCCCGGCUAUGUCCGAUUUUGGCAAUGCAGAGGUGGUGAAGUUGGCUCGUGAGUACGACCCGGAGGGCAUCCGGACGCUCGGUGUUGUCACGAAGUGCGACGACGCAGCGAACGCUGAAGCAUCUGACAUUGUGGAGAAGGUCACAAUGUCAAGGGACUCCGACGUGCGCCUUGCGUUCGGCUUCCAUUGCGUAGUCAACCGGUCGCAGAAGAACAUCGACGAAGGCAUGAGCCGCGAGGAUCUGUGGCAGAAGGAAGAGAAGACGUUCACGGCUUCGGAGCGCCUAAGAAAGCUCCCUGCAAGCAACUGGGGCACUCUCCGUCUCAUGGAGAAGGUGGCGAAAAUCCAGGAGGCAAGGGUGGAUGAGUGCCUUCCGAAGAUCAAGGAGUCGGUUCGCCAGAGGACCAUCCAGCUGAGGGAGGAGCUCCGGUCUCUGCCGGCUCAGGCAGAGGCCGAGGGAGACCAGUUCAAGCUCUUCAACAGCACGGUGAGGCUGAUCAAGGAUGACCUUCAGCGUCGCAUCCGGGCCGAGUUCAUGAGCAGCGACGAAUCGGAUAGCGCCUUGACCAUUGCGCCGCAGGUUGCCAAGAGGAUCCAGCAAUUCAGAUGCUGGACCGCAUUUGGUUAUCAGAAGCUACA